AUGAGGUUAUGGUCGGUGAGGUAUGAGGCAACUGCUAUGCAGCCAUUGCUCAACCGCGUAAUAGCCCGUGCCGCGGUUGCUACUGUAUCAACUGCAGCAGCAGCAGAUACAGAGGCAACAGCAGCAACAACUGCAGCAGCAGCAGAUACAGAGGCAACAGCAGCAGUCUCCUCUACUGCUGCUGAUUUCUUACCAACACGUUUGCGCAGCUUCAUAAAAGGGGCAGUUGGUGCAGGGCGUGAGGGAGGUUGGUGCACGGUAGCUGCGUCUCUGCGCGUUUUGACUCUGGACAUUCAGGAAGUGAGUAUUGGCCGCAUCAGCGGAGCGGUUGAACGGCCACCAAACGGUGCAAUUUUGCUAACGCCGCGGCACUUGCGAGACUGCUCGAACACAUACGAUGUACGACUCCACCGGCGACAUAACCAUCGCUCUCGGCUAGGUGCUUUGUGA